UACACGGCGACUUUCGCAACUCUGCCCCUGGCAGGUAUCAACAAUUUCAUCCUAUCGGGAGCUUAGCGUCACCGUAGUGACGUCACUAUGAUGACGUUUGAGUUCCCGAUUGAAUGAAACCGUCUACAGCUGAUACCUGCCAAAGGCAGAGUUGCAUAAAUGGCAGUAUAGAGGCGGCUGCGCCGUAUUCCCUAGCUGGGGCUGCCAGAUCACUUCGAGUUCGAUUUCGAGUUGGCGCAUGCGCAGAGACUCACAAAUGCAGUCGAAUACUCGUCUUUGCCCGCCAAAUGUGUCCGACUUGCCCGUAUUGACAUUGUGCUACAUAGUCAUUUCUCUGUAUGUGAGAAUUGUUACCUAAGUGCUCUUGUACACAAUUUAUGCUUGCAUUUUAAUGCCUUCUUAGAUUAUUUUGAUACAGCCAGUUCUCAUAAUAAUGAGUGUUUCUCGAAGACCUAUGCGUUAUUGCCAUACAGAGGGUCAUACAGAUGUAUGCUUCUCGGAUGAUGGAAAAUAUAUCGUUACCAGUGGAAAUGAUGGCGAUAUUAGAGUGUGGUGUGGUUUAGAAGAUGAUGAUCCAAAUUCACAAUGUGUGGGUGAAACAGCAUUUGCAGUUGCAUUCAAGGGUGAAACUUUAUUUGUGGCAACUGAUAAUAAUAAGGUUCAAGCUUACACCUUUCCUCAACUGGAGAAAGAUGGAAUAAUUUGUAACUUCACUGCUCCUGUGACUCAAAUUGUGAUAAGUAAUAAUGGCAAAAAAGUCAUUUGUGGAUCACGGUAUGAAGAUAAGCAUCAUCCAGCUGUGAUGGAACAAUUAGAAUAUGGUCAUUAGAGACACUCAAAUGUGUCCAUAUUUGGAGUUGCCUACCAGAAUGCAAUUCUUUUAAAGUGGCCAAAUGUCUUGGCAGAACCUCGUGGUUCCCAACAAAUGGCAAAUUUAUUGCUGUUCCAGAUAACACAUCCAUUGAUUUAUAUAAGAAAGGUUCUUGGGAAAAAAUAAAAUCUUUUACGGAUGCUCGAAUUUUGAAGCCAAUUUCAAUAGCUCUCUUUUCAUGUUGUGGUAAAUAUCUUGCGGGAAGUACCAUUUCAGGAGAAAUUUGCAUAUGGAACAUUAAUCAGACAAUGUGUGUAAGUUACACUGAACAUCCGCGGCACUACACCAUCACUGCGAUGGCAUGGAACCCUGCUAAUAAUGGCACUAUAGCUUUCUGUGAUGCAGCAGGCCAACUGGGAACAAUUGAAGGAAACCUAUCUUUGGAAGCAAUAGAGGAAGACGUUUUAGAGGAUGAACAAAGUUGUCCACAGCCUAUUGAUGAAGAAGAUGAUGACGAUGAAAAUGUUAUUUCUCUGGAUAAAAUUAAAUCAUCAGUUUUACAACCCUGUUUGGGUGUGCAAAAAUUUGAUAUUGAUUCUCAUAGUGUGAAAGAUGAUGAUGAUGAUGCAAGUAAAAUGAGUGCUCCUACCUUGAAAUUACAGUGUCCUUUCCAACCGGCAUCUUCACCAGAUCACCUUGAGCAUAGAUAUAUGGCUUGGAAUUCUGUUGGGAUUAUCCGUUCUUUUAGUACAAGCGAGGAGAAUAGUGUAGAGGUUGAAUUUCAUGAUUCAUCAUUGCAUCAUGCUCUUCGACUGAAUAAUUUCUUAAACCAUACGUUAGCAUCUUUAAGUGAGAAAGCUGUGUUAUUAGCUUGUGGAUCUCGAGACACAUCUCCAAGCAAAAUGGUGUGUGUUCUCUUGAAUUCGUGGGAUGGAUCGCGUGAAUGGAGUGUGGAGCUUCCAGAAGGAGAGGUCGCAUUAGCAAUUGCAUGUGCAACGAAUUGGGUUGCUGUUGCUACUAACAUUCGAAAUCUACGAUUCUUUACCAUUGCUGGAGCUCAAAGAGAAGUUCUCUCUCUUCCUGGUCCUAUUGUGUGUUUGGCUGCCCAAAGCAACAUGCUGCUGGUUGCCUACCACCAUGGCUUGGGCCUGAGUUUUGCUCUGCUGUCUGUGGAGAGGCAUGGAGUGGAGGCCCUUGUGCCGUUUCAGCCAAUGCCUCUGUCUCCCCAUGCUACACUUCAGUGGGCAGGAUUCUCUGACGAAGGCACUCCGUGCACUGUAGACUCGGUUGGCAUAUUGCGCAUCCUCUCUCCUAAGAGCUUCUGGUUGCCUCUUUGUGACACUCGAGCUAAGUGCAAAGGAAAAUCUGAUAAUUAUUUCGUUAUUGGAUUAAGUGAAAAGUAUCAAAAUGUACGAUGUAUUUUGUGUAAAGGAUCUCAUUAUCCUCAAACUACCCCUCGGCCAACAGUUGUGGAAAUACCAUUGAAGAUUCCAUUUUGUGAAAUCUCUAGUGAAAAAAGUGGCCUGGAAGAAGAAUUCUGGCGAACACAAGCAAUAUUUGAUGCUGUUGAUAGUAUGUGCAAAGUUGAUAUGAGUUACCAGAGAGAAAAGGAAAAGGCAGAAAAAACUAUUAAAGAAACAUUUAUAAAAUUAUUUGCUCUUGCAUGCAGGAAUGGUCUAGAACAGAGAGCAUUGGAUAUAUGUAGAAUGAUGCCAUCAACUCAAGUUGUUCAAUUAGCAAUAAAGUAUGCAUCAAAAUUGGGGAAAAUGCAGCUUGUGGAAAGAAUGAGUGAUAUGUGUGAUCAGAUCACUUGUGGUCAAACUGGGCAGCUAACUGAAUCUCAUUCAAGGUUCGUUCCCUCAAAUAAAUUUUCGUUCCACAAGAAAGAAGCUAUUAAAGGGAAUAAGAACAAAAGCGAUGAUGAAGAUCCAUUUGCUUCUUCUCAAGAAAGCAGCACUGGAAAAGAAAAUAUUCUCCUUGCUCUUAAGGGUAAAAUUAAUAGCCCAGCCAAUACACCACCAUCAUCAAUCCAAAAGAAAGUGAACCCUUUCAAGAAAAAUGUAAAAGUAGUUGAUUCAUCAGCAAAUACUGAAGUUAAUGGAGGCAAAGAUGUAGCUAUAGGUGGGAAAGCUCCUAAUGGUGGGACUCCUUCAUCUACCUUAAAAGUGAAGCAAACAGGAUUGUGGGGCAAGUCUCCUAACUCAGCUGGAUUAUCUGCUAAGAGACCUACAUUUCCCCAGUGGUUUGAGAAGGAGAAAAGUGCACUUCAAGAGGAGUUCCCAGAUUUGGACAGUCGGGCACUUUCUAGUGUUGCUGUAAAGCGCUUUAAAGAAGUUGUUUUGAAGAAGGGUUCAGGAGCAAAACCAAAAGACAACUCACCCAACUUGUCAGAUUAUUCCCAGAAUUCUUUAUCUGGAAGUCCCCAAAACACAGAGGAUGAUAUCACUCAAAGUUUACUCAUAGCUAAUUUACAAACUGAUGCUACUGAGGAAAUCAUUACACCAAGCAUUAGUAAUACUGAAACAAAAUUUGAGAUUGCCCCUGAUGCAAAGAAAAGGAAGCUAAAUAACAGCGGUAAUCCAGAAGGAAGUUUUGCAUCGAAAUUAGCAAAAUUUACAUUUAAAAAAUGAGUAUAAUUAACUAAAUGAAAUGAGAGCAAGACUAAAUUUUUAUUGUAUUUUAAACUACUUUAAUAAAAUCUUUUUUUUAAAUCAACCAAAAAAUUAUUUUUACCAUUUAUUAACGGAUUGUAAAUAAAAUACAAAAUUGUAUGUUAUGCUUCAUACCAAUUUGUGUGAGUUAGACUUAAUAGCUUUUCUCAGGUAUUUGAACAUAAACUAAACUGGUCGCAGCAUAAAAGGGUGAGUACUUUCUCGUACCAUGUAUGUAAUAUUACAUUACAACUUUUAUCAGUUAACAUAGCCAUCAUUUGAAGCAUGACAAUAUUUUCUCCACACCAAUUAAAUGAAAAAUUAAAAUGAUAUUCUUUUUCCUGAGGAAGUCAAGUUUUUCCACAAAAGAAUCAUUCCAUGCAAGUGGCAUAAAUUUAAGGAAAACUUGACCUGAUGUCCCAAAUUCUCAAACUUGUUUUUCUGUGAGAGUAAAGUCAAAAAUAUAUUACAAUUUUGAUUUUCCCUUCCUUCAAAUAUCUUUUUUCUUAGGAUAAUAUUCAAAGUCUGGUAGGUUUUAAAGUGGGCUCUUCAAGAGGAUUCUGAAAAAUUAAAGACAAUAGAAAUUGCAAUCUGCCGUACUGCAGUAGCGUUUGUCAGUGUGGCACCGUGUGAGUAUGUGCCAUUCAGUAGUAGAUAAUUACCAUUAUAUUUGCA